UUAUCUUCCCAGUCAUAGAGUGGACAGUUUUUUUUUUGGUCUCUGCAUCAAAGAGGAAAUAUUUUCUUAUACAUCUUGACUUAUACUUGACUUAUCAUCCCGACAUGUCAAAACCAUGGCCAUGGUCGAUUCUGCCCAACUCAGCCAUCGAGAAUUACAAGAAAACGUACAAAAUGCCUGCACCGGAUGCCGAAGGAUUGGGACCGGAAAUUCAGGAUAAAACUGACGGGUCUAUCUGUGUCCAGUACCAUCCCAACAAAAGCGGUCGACAUGAAGUACAGAUGUGUUACGAAGGCUGUGCUGUGGAAGGAAGUCCUUUUUCCUGCAUGGUCGACCAGAUCGAUGGCAGCUACGUCACAGCAUUUGGCGCUGGUCUCGUCGGUGGAAUGAGCGGUCAAAUGGUCAGCUUUACUGUCACAGCUAAACAGGGUAGCCUCAGUAAACUGGACGUGAAGGUUGAUGGUCCGACAAAGACAGAGAUUACCAGGAAGGACCUGGGAGACAAAUGUGAUAUUUCCUUCCUUCCUAUGACCCCUGGUGUCUACAAUAUCAUCAUCAAGUAUAACGGAAAAGAGAUGAAAGGAUCUCCCUUCGUUUCCAAGGUUUCAGUUCAUGAAAAUGGUUUGCCUAUGAAACCUGGUGAAGGAAGAAAACGAUCCCAGCUUUCCCUUGGAAACAGCAGUGAAUACUCCCUUAAUGUGCUGGAAACCAACGUGGUUGAUUUGGUGGGUUCCAUUAAAUUGCCCUCGGGUGCAAUUGAGCCCUGUCUCUUGAAAAAGGACUCCGAGGGACAUCUCUGCGUUGGUUCAUUUGCGCCAAAGUCCACUGGAGAUUAUGCAGUUCAUAUUUCUCGUGAUGAAAAACCCAUAAAAGGCAGUCCUUUCCACAUCAAAGUGGGCGACAAGGAAUUGGCCCAUGCUUCGAAGGUGAAGAUAAAUGGACCUACAACCAAAGCAAAAGCCAACGAGCCAAACACAUUGGAACUAGACUGUAGUGAAGCCGGAUAUGGUGGCUUAAGCAUCGUUAUAGAAGGACCACAUCGUUCGGAGAUUGAAUGUAAACAUUAUGAAAACAGAAAGUAUGCCAUUUCAUACAGUCCUCACGAACCAGGCAUCUACAUCCUUAACCUUAGAUUUGCUGACGAUCAUCUUCCAGGAAGCCCCUUCCUGUUACAAGUGGAAGGAGAACCGUCUGGACGUAUCAGAGAAACCGUAUCAAAGAACAUGGAGCAGGCCGAACCUGUUAAAAAGAAUCAGCAUUGUGAAUUCUAUCUUCAAAUUCCAGGAACCAAUCCAUUCGACAUGGAGGCAUCCGUAACGGAUCCAGAUGGCUCCACUGAAUUGUGCGAGAUCAUGGACGAGGAAGACUUCCACUACAGAAUGAUGUUCACACCACAGAUGGAAGGAACACACACGCUCAGUAUCAAACAUAAGGGUCUCCAUAUUUCAGGCAGUCCGUUUGUUUACUCCGUCGGUCAACUGGCAUCUGGGGGCACUCACAAGGUACAAGUUGGUGGACCAGGCGUAGAAAAGGGAGAAGUUGGCUUUAGUAACGUUUUCAAUAUCUACACACGCGAGGCCGGUGCAGGUGAACUGAGCGUUGCAGUAGAAGGACCCUCCGAUGCUCUCAUCAGAUUAGAAGAACGACCUCAUGGCUUCCUCGGUGUCAGCUAUAAAGUCAAAGUGGCCGGAAUGUACGACAUCCACAUCAAAUUCAACGACGGUCACAUCCCAGGCUCACCCUUCCGAGUCCAUAUUUCUCCGGACAGCGGCGUGGCUCGAAAUGUCACAGUUCACUCCCUUAAGGAUAGGGGUCUUCAGGUUGACAAAGCUAGCACGUUCACCGUGUCGUACAAUGGAGCUAAAGGUACCCUGAACGCUUGUGUACGUACACCCUCAGGUAGUCACGAGGACUGCUUCAUUCAGGAAAUGGACGAUGGAUUGUAUGGUCUCAGAUUUAUUCCAAAAGAAAAUGGUGUCCACUACUUGGACAUCAAGCUGAACGAUCACCAUAUUCCAGACAGUCCGUUCGCUGUGAUGGUAGGCUCCAUGGCGGCUGACCCCGCCAUGGUGCUGGCUCAUGGAGACGGUUUAGAGAGCGGAUCAUGUGGUACGAAGAACAAGUUUGUGGUAAGAACUGCCGGAGCAGGAUCCAGUUUCUUGGCAGUGUUUAUCGAAGGUCCCUCCAAAUGUGCCCUCAGUUGUCGCGAGGUAGAUGAGGGUUAUGAAUUUAGCUACACACCCUUCGCAACAGGCAAAUACCUCAUAACCGUUAAGUAUGGUAACAUCAACAUCGCCGGCAGUCCAUACCAGUCGGAAGUCACAGCUUCUGGCGGUUCAGGAUCUGGAAGGAAACCCUCUCCUCUGAACGAAACUACGUCUAUGGUCGUGGAAACGGUCGAAAAGAGACCAGGUGCUAAGUCUCUUAGACGUUUCCGUGGUGACGCUAGCAAAGUACAGGUCAGAGGACCUGGCCUAAAGAAAGCCAGAACCAAUCAGCUUCAGUCCUUCACUAUUGACGUUAAGGACGCGGGUCAUGCCAUGCUCUGUGUUGGUAUGGUAGCACCCAACGGACUUCCGGAGCCUGAACUCAUGAUCAAGAAGAACAACCCAACACAGUACACCGUCAGCUACAAGGUUGUAGAAGCCGGAGAACACACACUGUGUAUCAGAUUCGGUGAUGAGGAAGUUCCUGGGUCCCCUUUCUCCCUCGCAACAUAAUCGGCCCCACCCAGACAUUCUUAUUCAAGUUUAUUUUUAUUUCCCCCUCUUUUUAUACGUAUUUAUUCACAGAGGCGACAUUUGUGUUUAUAUUUGAAGAGUGUAUAUUAAGAAUAUAUGAGCUCCAAGUGUUUUUACAAAAAACUUACGUGUGGUGUAAAUGUCGAUGCGUUUGGUUUGGUUAGUGAUAAAAUAGAUAUCCCUCACGAUUAGUUAAUUCUGUGUGUCAUCCCACUCUUGUUUUUCUGUAAAAGUGUUGAUUAUUUUCUUCUUAUUUAAAAUUUUGAUAUUCGUAAAUCUGUAAAUAGACAGCUUAGACUCAAUUUUGAACUAAUAGAUCAUUUUGAUUCUUGUCAGGGUUCCUCUAUAGAAAGCAUGUGAGAGAUAGAUGUUUGUCUUUUAUUACAAUAUUGUUCCUCCUUUUGACAUCCAGCUAGGAUUGUUUCAAUAAACUGAUGAUGUCACA